AUGCCGCCUGCGGUAACCAAGAGCAAGCCCAAGGGUAAAGAUGGCAGGCAGUCUCGCAGCCGAAACACGACUCCAGGUUCCGCCGUCAGCGCGCCCCUCACCUCUUCCACGCCUUCCCAUUCUGCCAUCUCUGGUAACACCGACCCAAAUCUAAUGGUCCCUUCGAACAUUUCCUACGGUACCAUAUUAGAAAGACAUGUUGCCACAACCGGUAUCCCUGAUCCUUCCCAUCUAGAGACUAUAACAAACGACCUGAAGACCUUGGCUCAGCUUGCCAGUGUAAGGAGUGAUGCCAACAAUAAAGGCAUGCGUGAUCUGUCCGAAAGACGUAAACUUGUCCUUGAAGAAGAAAGAGAGCGAGAGCAUGCGCGUAUACAAGCAGAAGCAGAAAAAGGAAGGCUGCAGAAAGAAGCGGAAGACGAGGAAGAGCGGGAGAGGAAAAGGAAAGAGCGAAGCAUACAGAGAGAAGAGCGACCUCUUAAUGUUGGGGCUCAUGGGUUGGCAAGGCAAGAUGGGUUGAACCUGCCUCUGGAAGUCUCGCCAAGCCGUUCAGCAAAACAUUCAAGCUCGCCAAUACUCAAACCAGAUCCAUCUCAUGCCAGCAGCUCUCCUCUGUCCGAAGCUUCGCAAGUGCAAUCACCAGCUGUGCCGGCGCCCGCUGCCCCGAUCAUUAAAGCCGAUUCCCCUGAUACAGAUGAAUCAUCAGACACCCACCAACCACCAAAGGCGCUAGCAGAGCCUCAAGCCUUUUCAUUUGGCGCGAAUCCGUUAACAUUCGAUGAUCCAACGAUCUACGAGAUACGGGAUGUAACGGACGAUAUGACUGAUGAAGAAAAGAAGGAGAUCUAUUGCGUCGCUGCUUUUCCACCGAGCGAUCUGCGUGAUCUCAUUGCCGGCACUCCACCGAACAAGGACUACAGCAAUGCCGUCAAGCCAAAUAAUCAGGUGCAGGCUCAUACCUUUGCGGGCUAUCUUGAUGGGUAUCUACGCCCUUUAAAAGAGGAAGAUAUUGGAUUCCUAAACGAGCGGGGUGACCGCAUGAAUCCAUUUCUCAUGCCUCCUCGGGGAAAAAGGCACUACAGUGAAAUAUGGGCUGCUGAAACAGAAGAAAAUCACAUCACUUUCGAUGAAUCCCGAACUGAUCGCCUACCACCAAAUCAGGCGCGGGGGAGUCUUGAGGAUAUGGACGAUGCAGUCGCAGAGACAGAUCAAGUAUCCUCCGGUCCCCUAGUGAGCCGCCUCCUCUCAACUAUGCGAUUUGAGCACCGUACGCCCCCGGAAGAAAAGCCACAAACCAAUGGAGUAACAAAUGGUGACACGUCUAUGACCAACGGCGAUCUGCCCAACGGAAUGGCAAACGACCCCGAGCCUUCUCAGGAAUCUAACACCAAUGGUUCAGCCACAAAGCAAGUUGCCAUGCCUUCCGCGACAUACCUCCCCGAAAAUGCCCGUCCACCAGCCAACCUCUCAACGCACUCCCACAGCCAGAUCGACGAGCGCUUGAAGACGGAGCUCCGACACAUCGGAAUCCUCCCACCAGAUGAAGAACCUAAUUUCGACGCCCACGAAGACGACGAGGUCGCCGAGCGGUUACGCUGGUUACAAGACCGGCUCAAAAAAGUCAGCGUCAUGAACGGGGCCCGCAAGCGUCGGGUCCUCGAGCUAGCCGAAGAGCAACUAGCCUACCAAGAAUACUCCACCAUCCUAGAAGACCUAGACAGUCAAGUGCAGCAGGCAUACUUGAAGCGGGCUAGGACGGCAGGGAAGAGCAAGAAGAAUACUAAGCGCCCUGGAAGCAUUAGCGGUACGGGGGUUGGGGCAAAUGGGGCCGGAGGCGCGCCGGCGGUGGGAAAGCCGGGAAUUGGAGAUGUGGCUAGGCAAUUGAUGAAUCGGCGGGCGAGGUGGGAGGAGAAAAUCGGGCCGGUCUUUAGGGAGGAUGUCAGGCGCGUGAGGGGGAAGGGGGAGGGAAUCUUUGGGGAGAGGGAGUUGGAGAAGUUUACGAGGGCUGAGAGGGAGAUGUUCGAUGAGGAACAAGACGUGUGA